UCGAUAAUAAUCGAUAUAUUCUCAAUUCGAGAGAUAGUAAAAAAUUCCCACGUGAUUUUAUUUCCCGGAUUUUUUCGUUCUAAAAUAAAAGAAAAGUGAUGUCUACUCCGAAUUUAGAAAAAUUUGAAAUACGUGCUCAAGCUGCGGAGGAUGAUAUAGAAUUAUUAAAAAAAGAAAUUGCUCAUUUUAAUGAAUUGCUGCAGUUAAAUGCUACAAAUACAGAUAAAUUAUCAGAUCAUCUUGAAGUAUUGAAUGUAAAUGUUUGCGAAAAUUUCUCAGAUGAAAUUGAAAAAUUACAACAGGAGAAUGCAAAAUUAAAACAUCGUGUUAACAUAUUGUUACGGACAAUUGAAUCACAAAGAGGGAAUAAUUCAGCGUCAACAUCAAAUAUGAAUGUGUUAAUAAGCAUUUCGGAGGAACUUAAUAAUAUUUUUGAAAAGGCAAUUAAUUCGGCAUUUCCGGAAAUUCCGGACCCGCCAAUUGUCAUUACGCCUGCUGGUAAUCCAAAAUUUGGAGAUUAUCAAUGUAACAGUGUUAUGCCUCUUCGAAAAAUUCUUGAAGAACAAGGUAAAAAAUUAUCCCCCCAAGAAAUAGCCAAUGAAAUAGUAACAAAAUACACGUCUUCGUCGCUCAUUGAAAAAUUGGAAAUUGCAAAAGCGGGAUUUAUUAAUAUUUUUUUGAAACGUGAAUUUGGCGUUAAAACAUUAACAAAUCUUGUGAAAUCGGGUAAAGUUUUACCGCCAAAUUGUCGUAAAAAGAAAAUUGUCAUUGAUUUCUCAAGUCCAAAUAUUGCUAAAGAAAUGCACGUUGGACAUUUGCGUUCAACAAUUAUUGGCGACAGUAUUGCACGUCUUCUUGAAUAUUUAGGACACAAUGUAUUGCGAAUUAAUCAUAUUGGCGAUUGGGGUACACAAUUUGGAAUGUUAAUUGCACAUUUACAGGACAAAUUUCCCGAUUAUUUAAAAGUUUCGCCACCAAUUUCAGAUUUACAGAGUUUUUAUAAAGAAUCAAAAAAAAGAUUUGAUGAAGAACAAGAAUUUAAAAUCAGGGCCUACAAUUGUGUUGUUAAACUUCAAGCUUUCGAUCCUGAUAUUAUCAAAGGUUGGCAAUUGAUUUGUGAUGUUUCGAGGAAGGAAUUUCAAAAUCUCUAUUCUCGAUUGGAUAUUCGUUUAAUUGAAAGAGGCGAAUCUUUCUAUCAAAAACGAAUGGAAACUUUAGUGAAGGAAUUGGAUGGAAGAGGAUUUCUCGAAGAAGAUGAGGGUCGAAAAAUAAUGUGGGGCGAAAAUCCUGGAAAUGGAAUUCCUUUGACAAUAGUUAAAUCCGACGGUGGUUUUACUUACGAUACUUCUGACAUGGCAGCAGUAAAGCAACGUGUCGAGGAAGAAAGAGCCGAUUGGUUAAUUUACGUGACUGACGCAGGACAAUCGGUUCAUUUUCAAACAAUUGAGAGUUGUGCAAAAAAAUGUUCACUAUUAACAUCACGACAUCGUAUGAGUCAUGUUGGCUUUGGCGUUGUUCUUGGUGAGGAUAAGAAAAAAUUUAAAACACGUUCUGGUGAAACAGUGAAACUAAGCGAUUUAUUGGACGAGGGUUUAAAUCGUGCAUUACAAAAAUUAAAGGAAAAAGAACGUGAUAAAAUUUUAACUAGCGAUGAAUUAAAAAAAGCACAAGAAUCAAUUGCCUAUGGUUGCAUUAAAUAUGCCGAUCUUUGUCAUAAUAGAAAUCUUGAAUAUGUUUUUUCAUUUGAUAAAAUGUUAGAGGACAAAGGUAAUACUGCUGUUUAUUUAUUAUAUGCAUUAACGCGUAUACGUUCAAUUGCACGCACUGCAAAUGUAACACGUGAACAAUUAUUAAAUUCAAUGGAAACAGAAUCAAUAACAUUGAAUCAUGAGAAAGAAUGGAAAUUGGGAAAAAUUCUUUUAAGAUUCACUGAUAUUUUAUUUAAAAUUACAAAUGAUUUAUGUCUUCAUUCAUUGUGUGAAUAUUGUUAUGAAAUUGCAUGUGCAUUCACGGAAUUUUAUGAUAAAUGUUAUUGUGUUGAGAAAAAUAAGGCAGGUGAAAUUGUGAAAAUUAAUAUGGGACGAUUAAUGCUCGCUGAAGCAACUGCAAUGAUAUUGGAACAAUGUUUUGCAUUAUUGGGAUUGAAACCAGUUGAGAAAAUGUGAAAAUUUUCCCUUCUUUCUUAAUUUAUAUUUUCUUUUUUCUAAUCGUAUUUUUGUUGACGAUAAAUAUUUACAAUAAAAAUAAAUGAGAUUUUUUGCAAAAUGAAAA